UAAUUUUGUUUGAAAAUGGCGUCAAAAAAUUGAGAUUUAAAAUAAAAAAUUUUCAAUUCAAGAAUAUUGAACAAAUAUCGCAAAUAAAAUUAAAAAAAAAAAAAAAAAAAAACAAUGUCCGACGAUUUAUUGGCAAAAGAAAAAGAAUUUCAUAGAUUAAAUAAAGAAUUAGAAGAAAAAACGCGGGAAUUAAUGAAAGAAUUUGAUUCAGUGAUGGAAUCGACAAAUAAUUUUCAAUUAUUAUCAUCAUUAAAUCAACAUUAUUAUUCAUUUACAAAUCAGAAUGAUAAUAUAAAUAAUAAAAUUUUCAAUGCUCCAACUUUAAUGGAAAGACAAUCAAAUAUUUUGCUUUUUAAAAAAAAUGUUUCUUUACCACAAUUAUCUGACGAAACACUUCAAUUACAAAACAGAAAUGUAGAAAUGGAAAAUUUUACUAAUCCAUCGAAAAGUGAAACAAUUUCAAAAUCUGAGACAAUAAUUCAAUUACUGAAGACGAAAAUAAAAUCUCAACAAACUGAAAUUGAAGCCAUUAAAAAUGAGUAUAAAAAAAAGUGUAAUCUUUAUAAAGAAUUGGAGAUAGAAAAGAAAAAUCAAAUGGAAAUAAAGGAAAAAUUACAAAAUCAAUUAUGUUCAUCGAAAGAAUUAAUAGCAAAAAAUGAAAUUGUUAAUGGAAAUUAUCAAUUAAAAAUUCAUGAUCAAGCUAGCGAGAUUUCUGCGUUAAAAAAGGAAGUUGAGGAAUUAAAAAAAGAAGUGAAAAAUUUUAAUCAACAAUGCAACACUAAUGAUGUGAGAUUAAAUAGAAGUUUAGAGGAAAAUGAAAAACUUCGCAAUUCUUUGAAAUUUAGUAAAUUAGACGAAAAGGAUUUACGUGAUCAAAUACGAAAAAUCACUGAAGAUAAAAGGCAAUCGAUAAAAAAUCUAGAAAAACAACGCUCAGAAUUGUGUCAAGCUUAUAAAAAGCAAAUGCUCCUUAUUGAUAAUCUGAAAAAGCAAAAGACUUUUUUAGAAGCAAGUCGACAAAUACAAAUAACAAAUGAAGAUUUUACAAAAUUCCUCGAAUGGAAACCAGAUCAAAAUUAAAAUAUUUUUUUUCUUUUUUUAAAAGGAAAAGUGUUUCGCAAAAAAAAAAAAAUGUUUUCUCUUUUUUGUCAAAUAAAUAAAAUAAAAAAAACCCAUCACUUUUUUUUUUGUUCCAAAUGACAUUUUUUUUUUUCAUUUAUUUACAGAAGUCUUAUUUUGUGCAAGAAAUAAUUCUAACAAGUAAUUAUAUUGGACUGUACAAAAUUUUCGGUCAACACUUUCGAGACCCCAAGAAGAAGAUAUUUUUUGUCUUUAAAAGAAAAAAAAAAGAAAAAAAAAAGAAAGAAAAAAAAAAAACUACAAAAAAAAAAAUUAUAAUUUUUUUUUUUUUUUUUUUAAAGAUAGAAAACAAUAAUAAUAUUUUAUUUUUAAUAUUUCACUAAAAAAAAGCCUCGGACAAAAAAAAAAGUAAUAUAUUUAAAUUUCUUUUUUGAGAAUAUAUAUAUAUAUUUUUUUUUUCUCUCUAAGAUUUUUUUUUCUCCUGUGUGUAAUUUUUUAUAAUUGAUAAAAAUAUAAUAAUUUUUUUCUUGAGGCUUUUUCUUUUUCACAUCCGAUUCGCAUCACUAAUUAAUUUUUUAUUAAUUAAUUAAUUAAACGUCGUCAAAGGUAAAAUUACAUUUAAAAGUCGCAUUCACGUGUCAUUGACUAAAAAAAAAGAAGGAAUUUUACUAAUUUCUUUUUUUUUCGCACGAAAAACAAAAAUUGUUCGUGAUGUGUUUCUGUGUGUGACAAUCACUCGAUUUUUUCAGCCUUUUUUUUGUAAUUUAAAAAAAAAUUCCCCCCACCCUUUUCUUUCAUUUUUUUUUUUAUCGAUAAAUUACAAUUGUUUUUUAAACCAAAUAUUUAACGAUAAAUUUUUCUCAUAAUCUCGUUUAAUGAAAAAAAAAAAAAAAAACAAAACAAAACAAAAAACCAAUUUUUUUUUUAAUUAAAAUCUAUUUUUUAUAAUUAUGAAAGUAACACAAAACGAAAAUUCGAAGAAUUUCGUUUUUUUCUAUUUAAAAUGUUUUUUUUCGAGAGUCAAUUUUUUCAUUAAUGAUUAAUCGAGAAUCGAUUUUUAUUAAAAGAAACAAAUUUUUUUUGUAUUAAAAAUUAAAUUUAAUUUACUGAAAAUUUAAACUUAAAAAAAAAAUAAAUAAAAAUCGAGUAUCGAUUUUAGAUCCAAGGAUUUUUAAAAAUCUCUUUCUCUUUUAUUUUUUUUUCUCCUCAAAAAAAAAGGAAAUAAAAACGAAAAUUUUCCCUAAAAGAUCAAUUUUCACUAUUGAAUAUUUUUAGUAUUGAAAUCACAAUAUUUUUUCCCCCAUUUGAUUUUUAUAUCACAAAUAAGAGAGAAAAAAAUAAAAAUUAUUCAACAAUUAAUAAAAUUGUCGAGGCCUAGCGAAUUGACUAAUUAAUGAAUUAAUGAUUUUUAUUAUUUUCAUGUUUUUGUGUUUGUUUGUUUUUUUU